AUUAUAUAUUAUGAGAAGCGCAGACUUAAAAAAUAUAAUUGUUAACCAUGCUCCAAAUCAUCACUCUAAAAAUCCUGGUUGGGAAUACUUUCCAUCUUCUUAAAUUAAAUGUUAAGUUGAAGCAGCCUAAAAAAAAGAAUUAGCUAAACCAACUCCACCUUCAAUCAAAAUCAAAACUCUUGAAUUAAAAGCUAAAUACAUUGAUAAAACUAAACCUAAACAUAUUUUUAAAAAAACUGAUUUAAAAGAAAUUGCAAAGAAAAAGAGAGAUGAUUUAUAAAAUUGGAUUAAAGAGGAAAAUAAUUUAAAAAAAGGAAUCUAAAAAUAACAUAAAUGUAAGCCAGCUCCUCCAAUAAAAGAAGAUGAACCAAAUGAUUAAUGGCCAGAUAUAAAUGAAGAUUAAUAAUAAGAAAAUAAUAAUGAAAAUAAUCAAAAUGAAGAUGAACAAAUUGCAGAAGAGGAUGAUAAUUAAUCAGAAUAAUAAAAUGAAGAAGUAGAAAAGAAGUAAGUAGAUGAUGAAGAUUAAAUUUAUAUACAAGAGGAAUAAUAAGAAUAAGAAGAAUCUGGGAUAAAUUAAGAAAAUUAAGAGUUAAAUGAAUCUUCAGAUAAUUAAUAAGAAAAUUUAUAAAUUAAAUAUGACUAAUCUAAUUAAAUAAAGGAAUCACAAAGCUCUUUAAAAGAAAGCAAAAACUUAACUAUAAAUGUAGAAAUUGAUCAAAAUAAAAGUGAAGUAUAAUCUGUGGUCUCUAAAUCUUUUGUUAAAAAUCAAUCAAAGGUCAUUAAUAAUAAAUCUAUGAAUACUAGUUCAUUACUUUUUUAUAAAUCAUAAGUUGCAGAUGUAUUAUAUUAGAAAUAUUAAAUAGUAAAUGCGAUCUUUAAUGGAAGAGUUUGAAUGA